GAAAAAAAAUAAUAAUCUCAAACUCGACUGAGCGGACUCAACUGAGCCCCCGCCGACCGCAUCGAGAAGCCGAACGAACCCUCACGCCUCCUCCUUCCACCGAACCUGAGCACGCCGGCCGCCGCCUCCUGCCCCCCGGGCUCGGAUCGACUUCCUCUCCCUCCGUCGGCAAGCGAUUGAAGCAGGAGGUGCCAGGAGUUAACCGGAGAUGAAUGCCCCGGAUCGAUAUGAGCGCUUUGUGGUGCCCGAGGGCACCAAGAAGGUGUCGUAUGAGAGGGAUACAAAGAUCGUGAAUGCUGCAUCCUUCACCAUCGAGCGUGAGGACCACACCAUUGGCAACAUUGUUCGCAUGCAGCUGCACAGGGACCCAAAUGUGCUCUUUGCUGGCUAUAAGCUCCCUCACCCUCUUCAGUACAAGAUUAUUGUCAGGAUCCAUACCACAAGUCAGUCGUCCCCAACACAGGCCUACACCCAGGCUGUCAAUGACCUAGACAAGGAGCUCGAGUACCUUAAGCAAGCUUUUGAGGUUGAGAAGAACAGGUAUGAGGAAAGGGCGAAGCAGGGGUUCUGAAUUCAUGGUGCCUGAUAUCUGACAUAAAAACUCCGUGGGUUAGUCUUAUCUUUAUCCGAUGCGUGAGUCGCCUUGAAACAAACACCCAAGGGUUAUGACUUUGUGAGCAUGAUGUGGGACUGAUCCCUGAACCCCAAGGCGCAUGAGUCGCCUGAAAACCAUUGCUCAAGGAUAUUGUGUAACCUGCUGCCAGACUGAUCUCUGAACUAUGAGUGCCUUUGUCUAUCACGAACCUGUGCCAAGAGUCCAGUACCGCGUGGUUAAUCUGACAUUUGCCCACGUUAUCUGUUUCUCUGUCAUGCAUGUGCCAACAUCGUCUUGUUGCUGCACCAUGAUCUUUUAAGUUGCAAUGCAUGUUAACUGUGAA